UCCUCCUCCUCCUCCCCUGCUGCCUCGUUGAGCCUGACGGCGGCGUGGGCCAGGAGCGACCCAUAUGGCCCGGGCUCCAGGGCUGGUUAGUCAACUCCUCAGCCCCACCGGCGUGAGUCAGAGCAGGCUGGCCUGGGCCUGAGGAGGCAGGCAGGGCGCAGGCUGGCCAUGCUCGCCAGGCAGCGGCGUCGCCUCGAGCCUUCAGGCACUUUCGUCGCGCUCCAGAGGCAGCAGCUCCGCUCCGCGUCGCGCCCUCCGCCGCCGCCUCCUCCUCGUGCUCGCCCCCGCCGCUUGCAGUCUUCGCGGCUCUACCCAAUAGUUACUCGGUAAUAGCAGCCGCCGCAGCAGCAGCUCCCCCUUCCAUGGAGCCCAGAGCCGCCCGCGACGGGAGCGGCAGUAGCAGCAGCCCGGAGUUGGGCCGGGGCAAGCGGCUGAGCGUGGGGGAACUGCGCUCGCUCUUCGAAGCUCGUUGCGCGGCGGCCAGCGAGCAGUUGCCCGAGCCGCCCAAGAAGAGCUGCCGGCCUCGCAAUGGGGUGCUGCAGCCAGUUAUCCCGCAGCUGACGGUCACCCCGGAGGAGGACGGCGAGGAGGCCCAGCGCAGCCCGGCCGGUGUCCCCCAGGCGGAGCCGGACGGCGCCUGGCUGACGACGGACAGCUCGCGGCGCCUCUCCACUUCGUCGCUCUCCUCCACCGGCUCGUCGUCUCUCUUCGAGGACUCUGAGGAUGACCUGUUGAGCGACACGGAAGGCAGGAGCCAGGGCAUCGUCCACCUGGAGCACGGCGAGGAAACCCACCAGAAAAAAGCAUGGCAAACAAUAAAAACAAUUGUCAACUUGCCAGUCAUCAGUCCCUUCAAGAAGCGGUACUCCUGGGUGCAGCUGGCUGGUCACACAGGAAGUUUCAAGGCAGCUGAUGGUGGGACAAUUCUGAAGCGCUACUCAGAAAAUGAAGAGAAGUGCUUUGAGCUGCUGCUGAACGAUCGGUUAUACUCCUGUGUCCCCGUCUACCAUGGUGUGGUAGAGAGAGACGGCGAGUCCUAUAUCCAACUGGACGACCUUCUUGCUAACUUUGAGGGGCCUUGUGUGAUGGACUGUAAGAUGGGGAUAAGGACGUACCUGGAGGAAGAAUUGACUAAAGCUCGAGAGAAGCCAAAGUUGCGUAAGGACAUGUAUAAGAAAAUGAUUGACGUGGACCCUCUGGCACCCACUGCUGAGGAGAACUCACAGCACGCCGUGACAAAACCUCGGUACAUGCAGUGGAGGGAGACCAUCAGCUCCAGUGCUAACUUGGGUUUCAGGAUCGAGGGAAUUAAGAAAGCUGAUGGGACCUGCAAUACCAACUUCAAGACAACUAAGACACGGGAGCAAGUUCGGCAAGUUUUCGUGGAAUUCAUUAAGGGAGAUACAGCUACAUUGAAAAAAUACUUGAAGCGUCUGUAUGAAAUUCGAAUCAUCCUUGAGUCUUCUGACUUCUUUAAACGGCAUGAGGUCAUUGGAAGUUCACUGCUGUUUGUGCAUGAUGAUAGUGGGCAUGCCAAUGUGUGGCUCAUAGAUUUUGGAAAGACUACCCUUCUUCCAGAUGAGCAGACCUUGGACCAUAGGAUCUCUUGGCAGGAAGGCAACCGGGAGGAUGGCUACUUACUGGGACUGGACAAUUUGAUUGAUAUCUUAGAAAGUAUCUUGGAGAGAUGAGAAGAGACUGGCCCACAAUCUGUGUGGUAUAUUGCUCCAUAAUUUUUAACUUUUCCAGAAUCAAUCCCGUGGUUAGAGGGAAACUUUUUUAAAAAAACAAACAAAAAACCAACAAAAAUUCUUGCCAGACUCUGGAGACAUCCAGAAAUAUUUGCCUUUUUGUAAAAUAUGGUGGAAACCCAAAGCCAGCCUGCAGUAGGCCUGUGAGAACUUGAGCAGCGCAGGGGCAGCUGUGAAUCUACCAAGCUAACUUCAGAUUUUAUAGAACAAACAGAAUGUGUCCUGAAUAUUUGACAGCGUAUCAGGACAACUGGUUGUUGGUGAAUUGUGUAAUUCUAUACUGCCCUUCAGCAAUCCAGAGUAAAAGCUAAAUUGCUUGGAUACCAUGGGAUGAAGUUCCUCUAUAAAAAGGAGCCACCAUCAUAAAUAAUAGGCAGACUCCCUUCUUAAUCCUAGGCUAUGUGUUCACAUUAUAGACAGGGCUGUUCAAAUUUCAUGUGGUUGCUUGUGUAACAUGGGACUUGGUAUGGAGUUUAUAGACAUCUCAGCUUUUGAGUUUGUUUAAAACUUCUAGUUCUCAUAUGGUGCAGAACAGUUUGAAAGUGUUCACACAGUGCUGCUGAAGCUUCUGGCAGUUAGUGCAAGAGUCCUUGCUUUAUCCAUUCUCUGUGGAUCAGCAGAUAGGCACUGUGAACAACAGUGAUCUCCCCCACCUCCUGGCCACUUAACUUGGUAUUGGUUUCAGCAGCCAUAGCUGCACGACUGGACUGGGUUAUAAGUUUGUGUCAUUCUGAGUUGGAGCAAGCAAUUAAAAGUUUGCCACUUGUGGUGCAAAGACUGCAGUAAUCAAGAAACACUGUUCCCUGCUCCAUGCUUGCUCUGAGUUCACUGAAAUUCCUGACCAAGUAAAGUUAAAAAUUCACUAAAAUUCAAAGCAGCAUUACUCAAGCUAUAGCAGCAUACAAACUCUGCACAUUUUCAGUUCAGUCUUUGAGCUAAUUAUUGUUAUAUUCUAAAACGAGCGACUUCAAAUUAAACAUGGUCAUUAAUCAGCCAUGAGCCCAAGUUUAAGACCUGGCACACACAAAAAUGCAGGUAGUAUGCCUGAUAAAGCAUUGAUUGGUUGAUGGGUUUGAACAUUGGAAACAAGACUGAAAAUACCAGUUUUGCUGUAUUUAAAAAGAUAUGUUAAUCACGAAAAAAGGCAUUUAAAAUGAAACACUGCUUGCGUGUGUAGAGAGGAGGGCUGCGGAAGUGGCCAGGGCCAUAGUGGCAGGCAUAGUAAAGUGGCUCGCAGUGGCCUUUUUUUGAGCUGCUUGCAGGGCUUGCUUUACAAUAGUAAUUUCCAAAUGUUGAGUUACAGGCCAUUUGUUUGUAACACAAGAGUCUUUAAAGGAAAACUUGAGAGGGGGUAAUGGUUGUGUUUCCAGUUUUACCUGGCCCUGUCUGAAAGUCUCAGGGAAGAUUUCAGUGUAUUAAAAAAGUGAAAAUACAGGAAAUAUACCCAUACAACAACAACAAACCUUUAUUGGCAUUAUACACUAAGGAGAAUACAAGACAUAAGAAGUACUCAAUGAAAUAUACCCAUACUGUAGCCAGUGUUUAAUUACUGAAACAAAUAUAGCAAAUAAGGAAUCCAACAGACAAACUGCCCUUCCCUAGCACUUCGACCAGCUCUUGUACUCUGCCUGGCAACAGUUCAGCAGGGUCUCUUUCACAUCACUUACUGUCUGAUGCUUUUAACUGGAGAUGUCAGAUUGAACCUAGGCCCUUUCUGCAUGCAAAAGCAUGUUCUGCCGCUGGGCCAUGGCCCCUCCCCAUUCAGGGAACAGGGCAGCCAUCUAGCAGCCUGGGGCCUCAGUCACACAGGUAUUCUCCCUUUCCUACUUAAACACAGAACUUGUGCACCCAGCAGCCUCUAUGCCUCCUCCUUUGCCAAUCCUAUGGAUUACUGAGCUCCAGGGCUGCUUCCUGCUACUGGAUUUCAGUCAGGAUGUGACAAGCUGUUGUUGCUCAUCUUCCACUUCGCAGCAGCCUAACAUUCACUGAUUGUGCCCCUUUCCUCCUGCCUUGUCUUUUGCCUACCCUGUUUGUAGUGCGCUGUGGCAUCAGCCCUCUUACCUCCACUUGCUCUUCUCCAAAGUGGCAAUGUGUGAGAAAAGUGCUUUCUAUAUGUUGAAGCAAAGGUACCACUUUGUAUGAUCUGCUGUUCCAGGGAACCAUGUAGGGGUUAGGCUGGUGCUCGGGGAGACCUGAAUAGAAAGAGAUUGUGAUCCACUGUUCAUUUUAGUGAGGAGAUGUGGUAGGCUUUUGUGAAGGCAAACAGGAGGGACUGUAGAGUUGGAAGAUAAGAACUUCUCAUCUCCAGGUCUGCUGGUGCUGGUUUCUCCACCAGUUUCAAAUGCAAAGUAGGGACCUGUCCUACCCACAGGGUUGUUGUGAGGAUUCAUAUAUUAUUGUUCAAAGCAUUUUCCUUCAAAGAAAAGUACAAUAUGUAGAACUCUAAAAGAAUUUGUAUUGCUCUGAAAUAAAUCUCGUGGACGAUAUAAAAUUGUGGAAACUCCCAUCCCAGAAAGGACAGGCAUACCUUUUAUUCUUGCAGUGAGAAUAUCCACUAAAUAUCCUUCUGUUGAAUUUCAUAGCUAGAUUUUAGCUACGGGGAAAUCAUGUUUUCAAAUGUCUGCAGUUGUUUUUAUUAGUAUAAACCAAGACAAGAAAAGUUUGUCUUAUCUACAGAGGCUGUUGAUCGGAACACUACAGUGCAAACCAGGUACUGAUUCUGACAUCCUAGCAGUAUAGGUUAAGAAUGUAGUACUUUAAGA